GGGAGCCCGGCGCUGGGGAGCUGCCUCUGGGAUUCGCCUCGCCCCGAGCCAUGUCCUGCCUGCGCUGGGGGCUGCUCCUGCUCCUGGGCGGCCCCGCGCUGGCCGCCCCUUUGCGGUGGGACCGAUCCCCGUUCAUCAUCUCGGAGAGCGAGCGGGGGCUGCCGUGCCCGGCCGAAUGCCCCCACGAGCGCCACCGCCCCGUCUGUGCCUCCGAUGGCAAGCUCUACAAAUCCCACUGUGUCUUCCAGCGUGCCCGGUGCCAGGAGCCCCUCCUCGAGGCGCUGCCCCGCUUCCGCUGUGGGGGCGCCCACCGGGACCCCACCAGCGUGAACCUCACCCGAUGCCAAGAGGACCGCACAGCGGCCCUGGCCCGAAACCAGGCGGACUCCAUCUACGUCCCUGAGUGCAACGAGGACGGCUCCUUCUUGCAGGUGCAGUGCCACAAGCAGACAGGCUACUGCUGGUGUGCCACCGCCGAGGGCAAACCCGUCAGCGGGACAUCCGUGCUCAACCAGACGCCCAACUGCACAGGCUCCUAUGUGGUGCGACCGUCCUGGCAGGACCCUAACUCUUCACGGAGAGAAGGCGGGAGACCCAGGCCCACCCCAGCAAGCCCCCCACCCCACAAGCAGGAAGAGGGGACCUCGCUGCCGUUCCUCAUACCCAUCAUCCUCCCCCACUUCCAGCCCAACCGCACAGUGAAGCGGAUUCAAGAUUUCCCUCCGUCUUGCGAGCAGGAGCGGCUAGAGGCCCUCAAGGAAAUUCAGCAGCACCAGCAGGAGGGGACCUUCGUCCCGGAGUGCGAGGGGGACGGCACCUACAAACCCGUGCAGUGCCACCAGGCCACGGGCUACUGCUGGUGUGUGCAGGCCGACACCGGCCGGCCCGUCCCCGGCACCUCCACCAGGAACUUCCCGCCAGACUGUGAGUCCGAUGUUGCGGCCAAGGGCGCAGAGAUGAGCUCUCUCUUCCGGGACAGGGCACUGCCAGGCUGCCCGGGUCCCAAGAAGGCAGAGUUCCUGUCCAGUCUGAUGAAGGCCUUGGCGUCCGACAUGAUCGAGUCCCGGCUGAUGCUCAUCACGUAUAGGAGUCUGUCGGAUCGCAACCUGGAAGAGCGGGCGGCGCGCUGGCAUUUCGUGCGCCUGGACAAGGACUUCAGCGACGGGCUGAGCGAGCGGGAGCUGCGGCCCCUCAAGCUCUACGUGCAGCAGCAUGCGCGGCCCAAGCGCUGCGCCCGCAAGUUCCUGGAGUACUGCGAUCUGGACACCAACCGGCUCGUCUCCCUGCAGGAGCUCAGGGGCUGCUUGGGGCUCAGCUAGCACUGGGCGUCUCCUUGAAGAGGGGCGCGCCCUGCUUCGCCCUUCCCACCCAUGGGGGCGCUGCCUCGCCCAGCACUGCAUUCCCACCUCUGAUGGCAGACGAUUUGCACUGUGAACUGUAGAAUGUGGAUUUUAUUUUUAUUUCCCUGGCGCUGAAGAAAGUCGGACGGACCUUUUAGAAAGAAGGGGAUCGGUCGAUCUAAAGGAUGUGGACGUGUCAGGCCAUUUAUUUGCAUCUGGGCAACUCCGCUGCAGUUCAGUCCUGGUUUUCCUCUCUUCUGUAGAUAAGAGAAUCCUGCAAAAUGUAAAGUGCAGUUAGGGGUUAUUAUUUUAUUUAACCCCUCUAAUCUUUGCUUAUUUUUACUGUUUACUAUCGGAGGGGGGUUUAAAAUUGGCUCCAAUUACUUUACAAUCCCUCCGCUUCCUUAUAAAGCAGAAAACGGUCAGGAAAAAAAACAACCCAACAAUCCUGUAAUCUGUGUCCUAAAUCAAUAAGUUAUAGAAGUAUUGUGGUGAUGCCUCGGUUUUUUGCCCACAGAGUAACUACCGACUGCUUUCUUUUCUACCUGGAGAUCUCAAUGUGUUCUUAAAAGGUUCCUGUCCCUUUUAAAAGUGUAAUUCUCUGGACAGCGGGGUCUAGUGGUCAGAGCAGGGCAGCUUGCUGGGGCCGGGGGGCAGGGGGGACUCCUGGGUUCCCUUCCCAGCUUUGGGAAUGGGGAUAGAGACCCAGGGAUGUGGUUUGUCCAGAAACAUCCAGCAGGCCAGAGGCUCCUGAGUCUAUCUGCUGGGUCCCCCUGCAGCUAUAAUGCGGUUGCUGCCUGGCAGCGUGAAGCCCUGGGGGUUUUGUUCUGCUUGGCCCAAGGGAAGAUCCAGGCAUCCUGUGUCCAUGCCAGCCGGGUUCCCCUUCUCUCUUGCUCACAAUCCUGGCCCGUAAUAGCUGGAGCUUAAAGUGGGGACCAGCCUCAGUCCCUACCGACGGGGAAACUAGGCAAGGGGAGGAGAAGCCAACUGCCUAAAAUCCGGGGACAAGUCUGGGGAAGAUCUGAGCCUAGAACCCAGGAGUCCUGAUGCCUAGCCCCCUAUCUAGGGAACUGUACGGCCCCGAUUACUGUAACAGGAGUGCUUAUCCCCAAUGCUACACCCCCCCCCAUCUGGUGCUAGGGAUAGAACCCACGAGUCCUGGGUCCCAGGCCUCCCCUGCUCUAACCACUGGACCCCACUCCCCUCCCAGAGCUGGGGUUGGAACCCAGGAGUCCUGCCUGUGUAAUUAGAGGAGGGAGGGUGUUCUUCUGAGGGGCUGAAGCCCCCUUAUACCUGGCUC